UGCUGCAAUAACAGAGAAGUGAAUGUUAUGAUAGUUAGACACCCUGCUGGGCAAAGGGAGAACAUGGAAGAGAUCUGUCUGGUUCAGCACUGGAAGAGUUAGCCACAUCCAGCAUGAGCACAGAGCAGUUUUCUCUUCAACCCAAAGCACAGCUGCCUGCACAGCCAGCUCUGGAGGUGUGUAAACUGCAGCUUCCAGAAUCCUCUAGCACCUGCAGCAGCAAUGGUGGCAUAGAUUACACUGCAGAUCCUGGUGUAGGGAGACUGGGCCAUGCAAAACUACAGCUCCCAGGAUUCUUUGGUUACCAAUUGCAAAGAUGUAAUAUGGUAAUUAAUAGGGUUUAUAUUAUUUCAAAGUACUCUACAGCUAUCAGCUGAACAGUGGUGACCAGAGAAAGGCCCCUGGGCAAACCCCAUUAUCCUGGGAUUUGGGGAUCCCAUAGCUACCCACAUUGAGCCCCAGUGAAAUGCAGCUACCUCUGGGGUGGAGAGCACCAGAUAAACUACAGAUCCCAGAAUCCUCCAGUGCCCUCACCUGCAGUGGCGUCUUCAGCUUGGGAGAGACGGAGAGGGAGAGAUGAGGAUGGAAGGAGGGGAGGAAACGCAGGCUCCAGAGAGGGUGUCUUUGACUUGGGAGAGCCACCCGCCGCAGCCCGCAAACAGCAGCCGGGCUAAGUGGGUCCGGCUGAACGUCGGGGGCACGGUUUUCCUCACCACCAGGCAGACCUUGUGCCGGGAGCAGAAAUCGUUCCUCUGCCGCUUGUGCCAGGGGGAGGAGCUGCAGUCAGACCGGGAUGAGACUGGUGCAUACCUUAUAGACCGGGACCCCACAUAUUUUGGACCCAUCCUGAAUUUCCUCCGUCAUGGCAAGCUGGUACUGAAUAAAGACAUGGCUGAGGAGGGGGUUCUAGAAGAAGCUGAAUUCUAUAACAUCGGCCCUUUAAUCCGAAUAAUCAAGGACAGACUGGAGGAGAAGAACUACACCGUAACACAGGUGCCUCCGAAGCAUGUGUACCGGGUGCUGCAGUGCCAGGAAGAAGAGCUCACUCAGAUGGUUUCCACUAUGUCAGAUGGAUGGCGCUUUGAACAGCUGGUGAAUAUCGGGUCAUCCUAUAACUAUGGGAAUGAGGACCAGACAGAGUUCCUGUGCGUAGUCUCCAAAGAGCUGUACAACUCACCCAAUGGUCUGAGCUCUGAGCCUAGCCGCAAAGCCAAGGUUCCUGCCUCCCCUCCCACCUUCCACUCCUGGAGUCCUGUGUGCUCCCUGCUCAGGAUCCUGUCUCCUCCUGCUCCUCACUCUUCCUCCUCUGCAGGUAUGGUACCUGUCUGCACUCUCAGACGUGAGUCUGAGCUCUGCAUGAGUGACUCUCAUCUUCUCCCCUCUUAUGGACCUGGUCCUGGUUUGCAGGUCUUUGGUGGGGGCAGGGAGUGGUUGAUUCUUUCCUUACUCUGUGCUUUUCUGAUUCUCUUUGUGUGUGUCUGACUUUUUAAGCAGGCCUUACAGUUCUGGACUAGAGGCUCUGGCAGCAGAAGGAAGAGCAAAGCUGUGAGACAUUGAGAGGGAUGGGAACCAGGGCAAGGAAGAUAGAGGGGGAGCUGGGGAGAGUGUUGUAUUUCUGCCUGGCAUAUGUGCACACAGGAAUUUUCCCCAGCAGCUUCUGUUUAAUCCUCCUCUGAUAGCUGAAAGAAUAUUUUGCAUGAGGAUUUCCAUAUAUUUCCCUGCCUUUAAAAGCAGCCUUUGCCAUCUGGGUGUUUCCCAUCAUAUUCUGACAGGGUAAGCGUUCUGGGGGUGAAAAUAGAAACUAGGCAGCUCUCUGUGAAGUGCACCCCAAUUUUUGGCAGAGAGAGAGAGAGAACGUUGGCUCACUGUCCUAGCUGUGGUGGAGGUGGUGAAGGGGGUGAGGAGGCCUGGAGGAAGGAGCCUUGCUUCUCUCUUUUUAGGGUGCUUUCAGGAUUUGUGCUAAAUUGGAGGUUCCUGAACCCCUCUUCCCACACCCCUAAGAUUAGAGGGAGUCAUUGGUUCUCUGGUAUUUGCCAGGCUCUCUCCAUCUCUCUGUUUAGAGAUCUCUCUGCCCUCAGCUGUGGGGCCUAAGUAUUACACUGAGUCAGUAUCUUUUACUGACAUGGAUUUUCCUUCCUCCCUCUUUCUCUCCCUCCCUUCUUUUUCAUGUCUCUUUCUUUUCUGUUCUCUCAUCACUUUGCUUUUCCUAUUCCUCUCAAUUUGUGCUGUUCUCCCUUUCUCCUCCAUGCUUGAUUUCUCUCUGCCUUUUGUUUUGUUCUUUCUCUCUCUCUCGUUUUCUAGUUGUUACAAGCCAGAGGCCUCAGGAUGUGAUACCAACAAUCAACUCCAGCCUUUUAAUUUCCAUUGAAAAUCUUUAUUUUUGUACUGUAGUUUAUGGCAGCCCUCUGGGGGAAAGCGUCGCAGCGAGUCCACUCCUCACCCUCAACUUGUUGCCUUUGUUUUUAAAGUUCUGUUUUGCAAUAUCGUUUCUGAAGCUCACGCCUGCAUCCCCCCUGAGAAAGGCAGAUACCCCCGCCUGUGUGUCUGACUUGCUGCAGGGGAUGUAAUCCACACCCUGCAAUCUCCCCAGGCCCACAGGAUUCCCCUUCUUUAGGGUCACAGUCAGUGCUUGAUUUGUGCCAGGGCAGCUCUGGACUUGCCGUAUCAGUUUUGAAAGUAAAUCAUUGCUUUAGCCCCAUCACCUCUUUCAUACAAAUUAAGCACUGGUCACACUGACCCCUGCUGGAGAGUAUAGAACUGAGCAGCUUCACACUUCCUUCCUACCCCCAUCCGCUGACUAGAUUCAGGCCUGUGUGUUUGAUUUACUGUCAGAGCCACUGGUGGGGAGGGCAGUUGAGCUGUGCUUGUCACCAGGGGGCAAAUGAGGAUUCCCUGCCUCUCUCCAGAUAGCCUGUACUUAGCACAAGGAGAAAAGGGGCAGCACUGACCCUUUGCACACACAGGCCGUGCAGUGAGAGGUUUAAUUUCAAUGAGGGGAGAAAGAGGCAGGAAUAUAGCAUGGCGUACCUGGCUUCUGAUGUAGUUUCUGACUGUUCUAAGAAGGAGAUGCCUGCCAGUGCUUCUGGGCAUGGGGUGUUUCCGGUGUGUUAUAACUCCUGAAUAAAUGUCACUGCCCAUUA